CGUGACAAGUAUGCACAAAUGUGUUUAAUUUUUCACCUGCGCACAUAAACAGACACGAGUGGCAGACGGCUAGAAGCGUGGCUAGUCAAAGCUUUGACGAUGGCAAGGUUUAUGGAUUUAGCGUGUUGUCUGCUUUUCACAACAACCAUAGCUAAAGCUCAGCAAUGCGGGGGAAGUCUCGUUGCCACCUCUACAACGCAGAAUGUUACAUCACCAGGAUACCCCGCCAACUACCCCAACUCCGUGGAAUGUGUCUGGACAAUUUCGACCGCCAGCCCAGAAAACAAAGUCAGAGUAACGUUUCCGGAAGCAGUGCUCCUUGACGGUUUGGAUGUGGUGAGAGUGUAUGAUGGUGACGCUACAUCCGGCUACUUACUGGGGCAAGUGUCUGGAAACAAUGGAAAUCCCACCUUCACUGGUCAAGAGGUGUCUCUUACCUUGGUAUUUACAGCUACCGACAAUGGACAGAGGCCUAGUACUAAAGUAGGAUUUGUGUUUGGAUACAUGGAAACACAGGUCACUGGACCCUUGCGUCGAUCAGUUGAAGCACAGCGUAAUCAAUCCGUCUUGGUUUCACCCAGAUUCCCAGGUGGAAAUGUAAAAGACAUGGACGCCAUCUGGACAGUGCGUCCCACAAUAUCCACCUACGAAGUGCUGUUAUCAUUCGUUGAGGUUGAUGUUGGAGACGUCAGCGACUGUAACAACAACUACAUUACAGUGUAUCAAGGCAAUACAUCAUCUGGUGUGUUUUCAAAGAUAUGUGGCAACGAAACAGGUGUAUUCCUCAGCCGAAACAGCCAGCUAUCUGUGGUCUUCAGGACAGACAGCAAUCUGGCUAAACGAGGCUUUAAAGCUGAAUAUGAAAAGUAUGGAUUUGGAAGCUUCCCCGGUUGUUUUGGUUUCCCGAAAGAAGUGCGUGUUUAUGCCAACACUAAGAAGGAUCUUGAAUCGCCAUUGUAUCCCAACAAAUACCCAAACAUGAUGAACUGUACCUUUCUGAUGAAACCUGUCUUGAACGACAUCAACGUCCAACUGGAGGUGACAGACAUGAACAUGCCCUACACCGAGGACACGGGCUGCACCAGAGACUACGUAGAGUUCUUUGAUGGUCCGAGUUCUGCUUCGCCAAGUCUGGGUCGAGCCUGUGGCCAAACAAAGUUAACAGUUACGUCAAAACAUGCUGGCCAAGACGUGCUGGUCAUGUUUAUCUCUGACUCGAAUGAAGGGGGCAAAGGAUAUAUGUUGAAAUACACAGCUGUCAAACUAACUGGUCAAGAUACUGAAUCUUCAACUCCAGUUGGCCUCAUAGUUGGUAUCGUCGUUGGCUGCCUUGCUUUGAUCCUACUGGUUGUCAUUGUUGUCAUCAUAAGGAAAAGGGCAAUGAGGAAGUGAUCACUGGAGCAACGAGAAAUACACCACCAGACCCAGCAUGGAAAAUGAAGGCUAUUUGCAGUGAGUGAGUGAAUGAGUAUGGUUUUACGCCGCUUUUAGCAAUAUUCCAGCAAUAUCACGGCGGUGGACACCAGAAAUGGGCUUCACACAAUGCAAGGCUAUUUGGAACUAUUUCAUUCUCCAAAGUCAAAUAACCUAUGAUAUUAAUGCUUACGGGUUGGUAAGACAACACUUACAGAAAAUUGGAAAUCACCAAUUACCGAUAUUGGCCACGUGUGGUAGUUGAACAGUGGAAUGAUAACAACAUCUAGUGACAACGUGGGUUAAAGAUAAUGGAGUCACAUACUAAAACUUACUAAAUAACAAAUUAAAUUGAAUCACAUGUAAUUUAGGUUGAGGAAAAUGAUGCAUGGGUUUUUAUUGUUUGUUAGUUGUUUAACGCCGCACUCAGCAAUAUUCGAGCUAUAUCACGGCGGUUGCACGAGUUGCUGAAGACCUAUUCUACCCCGGAUCUUCACGGGUCUCAUCUUGAUUUCAGGGCUUUAUUAAGUCACUUUCAGAUAUAAACAUGAUGUAGCUUAAGAUUAGGCAUGAUGUCCAGGUGGGUAUGUGAGUAUGGUUUUACGCCUCUUUUAGCAAUAUUCCAGCAAUAUCACUCGGGGACACCAGAAAUGAGCAGGUUUACUUUGAGAAAGUAAUGGAGCCAAAGAUAUCUCCAACAUGAUCCUCUAACAGUAUCCUUUGUAUCGUUGCAUAAACAUGGGCUACAGAUAUCAAGAAUUUAUUAUGUUCGUUUUGUUUGAAGUUUGUUUGGAAAUCCAAGGCGUUGGUGAGACUGAAUGGUUCUUAAAUGAAUGUAUCCGCCGUGUUAAAUAUUGUCAGACACAAACAUGUUAUUCGGAGGUGUCGAGUUACUCAAAACUAGAAUUGAAUUCAGUGUUAAAGAGCUCGUUUACAUAAGAGCCAUGC